AUGGUAUCAAAUGAAGGCGAUGAGGCAAUACAAGAAGCAACAAGUAAUGACGACGAAAUAAAGACUACAGCUGAUGAUGGGAAAGCGAACGAAAAACGAUACAAAUGUGAGGUAUGCAUAAGUUCGGAUAAGCAAUUCGGAUGUUCAGGCAAUCUGAAACGCCAUAGGGUGGUACAUACCGAUGAAAAAAAUUACAUAUGUGAGGUAUGUAAUAAAGCGUUCAAAAGGUUCAGCGAUCUGAAGAGCCACCAAUUGAUGUAUGGAAACGAACGACCAUUCAAAGGUGACGUAUGCAAUAAAACAUUCAAACGGUCCAACGCUCUGAAGGUACAUGAACAGACGCACGGAAACGAACAAUUAUUCGAAUGUUACGUGUGCAAUAAAACAUUCAAAGUAUCCAGGAAUCUGAAGAGACACCAAUUGUCGCAUGGAAACGAACAAAUAUUCAAUCUUUUCACAUUCAAAUCUGGUGCCGAAGUUAAUACGACAAAUAUCAUUUCAUUAGAUUGGUUGUCUGCUAAAAAUACUUUUUCGAAAAGAAUUCAACGAUUUCCACAUCUCAUCAUUGCGUCAUUGCAUCAUGCACCUGUCAUAUUAUUUCGUAUUGCUUGUUUUGCCGUUGUACGCCGCGCAAAUAACGCAGGAAUGAGAAACGACGACGAAAUAAAAACUAUGGCUGAUGACGGAAAAGCAAACAAAAAACGGUACAAAUGUGAAGUAUGCAGUAAGCAAUUCGGGUAUUCAGGCGCUUUGAAACGCCAUAAGAUAAUACAUACCGGUGAAAGAAAUUACAUAUGUACGGUAUGCAAUAAAGCGUUGAAAAGGUCCGACGAUCUGAAAAGCCACCAUUUAACGCACGGAAACAUACGACCAUUCAAAUGUGCUGUGUGCAAUAAAGCUUUCAAACUGCGCCGCUAUCUGAAAGAACAUAUGAAGAUACAUGCGGACAUUGAAAAGAUAUUGAAAUGCGACGUAUGCGGUAAAGCAUUCAAAUGGUCUAACAAUCGGAAGAGACACAAAUUGACACACAGAAACGAACGACCAUUCAAAUGCUACGUGUGCAAUGGAACAUUCAAAAGGUUCAACAAUUUGAAGAAACACCAUUUGACGCACGAAAACGUACGACCAUUCAAAUGUGAAAGUUGUGGUAAGACCUUUAUUCGAAAGAAUAAUUUGAACGUACACAUUAAAAGGCAUAAAAGUUCGGAUGAAAGGCUAUAUUUUGCAGCAAGCUCCUUAAUGAUAUCGAUAGCAGAUGAUAUCACUGACACAGAAAUAUCAAUAAGAGAAAUAAUUGCAUUCGCAGGACUGUAA